AUGGUCGGGAAAAUGGCGAAGGAGGAGGAAACUGAAGGAGCCACGAAGGUAAGGCGAAUCUCUCCGAUCAGCAACAAGGAGUGUCAUCGUUCACAACCUGCAACAGAGUAUCUUGCUGAUGUUGGUCGGCAGUUCCACCCAAAAGUUAUCUACUCCUCCUUCGACUCCAAAGCAAAAUCCCCAAUUGUUUUCACAACCAUAGGCUCCACUCCCACCGCCGCAGCUUCCCCAUCUGAUUCCCCAUCCAUCUCUUCUUCUACAAUCGCUUCUCAAUCAUCAUCACCCGCUGCGGUGGAGCUGCUCCAAUAG